AAUCAAUCCACAGUCAAAGUCUCUUGGAUCACAAUUCUUUGCCAUUCUAAUGCUUGGUCUGAACAACAACAAUUGGAUCUCUUGACCAUAUCUGCAUGGCUUUUAUACAUUGAAUUACUGCCACAUGAUUGGUUGAUUACAUAUUUGCAUUGACAAGCAGGUGUACCCAAUAAAGUGGCUACUGAGUGUACAUUUACAUGUAAAAGUUCCAUGUCUUGACAAUGUCUACAUAUCUCGGAAAUCAACUGAAAUAUUAUAGAAACUAAAGGUACUUUUUAAGUUUUAUACCUCAUUCAUGAGCUGCCUGUGCUUUGGCAGCCAUGGAUGACAAGGCUUCAGUUGGAAAAGUUAGUAUUUCUUCAGACUCGGUAUCCACUCUAAACAGUGAGGAUUUUGUCCUGGUUUCCCGGCAUGGUGAUGACACUCCUUCUACCAAUAAUGGUAGUGAUGAUGAGAAAACAGGCCUGAAGAUAGUUGGAAAUGGAAGUGAACAACAACUGCAGAAGGAGCUGGCAGAUGUGUUAAUGGACUCGUCAAUGGAAGGUCAAGCAGGUGCCAGGGAGCCUUCCGAAGCAAUGCCAGCUUCCGCAACGAGUGAGGAAUCACUGACUGAGGAUAUUUCCUUAACCCCAUCACCUGUGUAUUCGGGAUUAAGGGUGGUGGGCCAGAAACCAGAAAUGAACCUGCCGAUCAAACCCUCGCAGGAAGCUGACUCUUCAGACUCGAGUCCCUCUACGCCAAUCCCAGACGAAGACAGCAUCUUGUUCAGCAAACUCACAUACUUGGGCUGUGCUUCAGUGAAUGCUCCUCGAAGUGAAGUUGAAGCCCUGCGGAUGAUGUCCAUCCUGCGAAGCCAGUGCCAAGUUCCUCUGGACGUGACCAUCUCAGUACCGAAUGUUUCAGAAGGAAUUGUGAGAUUGCUAGAUCCACAAAUACACAGUGAAAUAGCGAACUAUCCAAUCCACAAGAUUCUGUUUUGUGUCCGAGGCCACGAUGGCACUGCUGAGAGUGAUUGCUUUGCUUUCACUGAAAGUCACUACAACGCCGAAAUUUUCAGGAUUCAUGUCUUUCGAUGUGAAAUACAAGAAGCAGUAAGCCGUAUACUAUACAGCUUUGCCACCGCCUUCCGACGGUCUGCAAAACAUACGCCGCUCUCAGCGAACCCACCAGCAUUAACCCCAGACAGUGAUAUAUUCAUAUUUACUGUCUCUUUGGAGAUAAAAGAAGAUGACGGUAAAGGAUACUUCAGUGCAGUCCCCAAAGAUAAAGAUAAGCAGUGCUUCAAACUCCGACAGGGAGUGGAGAAGAAGAUUGUAAUAUAUGUUCAGCAGGUGUCCAACAAGGAGCUCAUCAUUGAAAGGUGUUUCGGCCUUCUUCUCAGUCCAGGCAAAGAUGUCCGCAAUAGUGACAUGCAUCUGUUGGAUUUGGAAUCGAUGGGUAAAAGCUCAGAUGGCAAAUCUUACAUAAUCACAGGCAGCUGGAAUCCCAACACGCCACAUUUCCAAGCUGUCAAUGAAGAAACGCCUAAAGACAGGUUGCUUUUCAUGACAACAGCAGUUGAUUUGGUUGUCACUGAGGUGCAAGAGCCAGUCCGGUUCCUUCUGGAGACCAAAGUGAGAGUGUGCCCACCUAGCGAGCGAAUGUUCUGGCCCUUCAGUAAACGAAGUUAUACAGAGACAUUUUAUUUGAAACUCAAACAGAUUGAUCAGAAGGAAAGGAAGAGCAAUAGUGAUACACUGUAUGAGGUUGCAAGUUUGGAAAGCGAGUCUGAGCGCGAGCGAAGAAAGACGACGGCAAGCCCAACCAUGCGCUUGCCCCACUAUGGGUCGCAGGGGUCCAUCAUCCCUUCACCACCCGAGGAUGAUGAAGAGGAAGAUAACGAUGAGCCUCUCCUGAGUGGCUCUGGUGAUGUGUCCAAAGAAUGUGGUGAAAAGAUUUUGGAGACUUGGGGUGAUCUAUUGUCAAAAUGGCAUCUAAAUUUGAGUGUAAGACCCAAGCCUCUGCCAGCUUUAGUGAGAAGCGGUGUUCCUGAGGCUCUUCGAGGUGAGGUGUGGCAGCUUCUUGCAGGAUGUCACAACAAUGACCAGAUGGUAGAAGACUACAGACUCCUUAUCACAAAAGAAUCUCCCCAGGAUAGCGCAAUCACCAGGGACAUCAAUCGAACUUUCCCCGCACAUGAUUACUUCAAGGACACAGGAGGAGAUGGUCAGGAUUCCUUGUACAAAAUAUGCAAGGCAUAUUCGGUAUAUGAUGAAGAGAUUGGUUACUGCCAAGGCCAGUCAUUUCUCGCUGCCGUGCUGCUCCUCCACAUGCCUGAAGAGCAGGCGUUUAGCGUUCUUGUCAAAAUCAUGUUUGAUUAUGGACUCAGGGAACUUUUUAAACAAAAUUUUGAAGACCUGCAUUGCAAAUUCUAUCAGUUGGAAAGACUAAUGCAGGAGUACAUUCCAGAUUUGUACAACCACUUCUUAAAUAUCAGUCUUGAAGCACACAUGUACGCCUCGCAAUGGUUCCUUACACUCUUCACUGCAAAGUUUCCCCUCUAUAUGGUCUUCCACAUCAUUGAUCUGCUUCUCUGUGAGGGAAUAAGUGUGAUCUUCAACGUCGCUCUUGCUUUAUUAAAGACUUCAAAGGAUGAUCUUCUGUUAACAGACUUUGAAGGGGCCUUAAAAUUUUUCCGUGUACAGCUUCCUAAAAGGUAUCGCUCGGAGGAAAAUGCUAAAAAGCUGAUGGAGCUGGCUUGCAGUAUGAAGAUCAGUCAGAAAAAGCUUAAGAAAUAUGAAAAGGAAUACUUGGUAAUGCGGGAGCAACAGGCGCAACAGGAGGACCCUGUUGAAAGAUUUGAGCGUGAGAACAGGCGUCUACAAGAGGCAAAUAUGAGGUUGGAACAGGAGAAUGAUGACCUUGCACAUGAGCUGGUCACCAGCAAGAUCGCACUCAGGAAGGAUUUGGACAAUGCUGAGGAGAAAGCUGAUGCGCUGAAUAAGGAGCUACUGAUGACCAAACAAAAGCUGGUCGAUGCAGAGGAUGAAAAGAAAAGACUGGAAAACGAAGCUGGUCAGCUGAAGGAGAUGUGCCGAAGAGAGCUCGACAAAGCAGAAUCAGAAAUAAAGAAGAACAGUUCAAUCAUCAGUGAUUACAAGCAGAUCUGCUCUCAGCUGAGUGAGAGGCUGGAGCGACAGCAGCUGGGAAAUAAAGCGGACUUGGAACAGAUUCGGGGAAAAGUUCAAAGUUGUGAUCGCUGCAGAGAACUCUUCAACAAAGAGGGGACUCUCAAAAUUGUCAGUACUUCUAAGGAUAUCUCUGAAGACUAUCAGGACAAGGAGAAAGAGUUGCUGAAGACCCAGCUGCGGGAGAUGGAGCUGGAGCUGGCUCAGACCAAACUGCAGUUGGUAGAGGCCGAAUGCAAAAUACAGGACCUGGAGCACCACUUGGGUUUGGCUUUGAAUGAAGUUCAGGCGGCAAAGAAGACCUGGUUCAACCGAACUCUAAGCUCAAUUAAAACAGCCACUGGCGUCCAGGGCAAAGAGACUUCGUAAGAAAGUCAGCUGGGUGAAGUGGAAACAAGGACAGUUCCAAAUAACGCUGACAUCUGUUACAGUUUAGGGGACCAGAAUGUGUAUCCUUACCUACACAGUCUGUGGAUUAACAUGGUUAAAGGAUUGUUACCCCCAACAAUACCAUAAGAAAUGGCUUUUACCUUUAGAAUGGUCUUUAUACUGCUGAUGUUUAACACACGCGAGACCCUUUUUCCAGUAAUUUUGGCUCUCUUCUGCUGUCCUGAGACAAGAGGCUACUCCCCUCUAAUGUGUCUCUACUUGCACAACUGAGUCACAUUUAUGUACCAGAGAAACAAAAAAAACUAACAAAUAACUUGAAACAAAGUUUUGAUUUUGAAUCUACUGUAUACUGUUUUGAUAUAAAUUUAUUUCAGAUCAGUUUAAAAUCAAAGUGCGCAAAGGAUCGCAGCUUCCCAGAGAAGCUGAAGUUAAUGUAGUUUUUCAACACUCUCUGGGUUUCUAGUGGGGUGUCAGUAAGAUGGAAGCCUUUGCACCUUAAUGUACCUAUUUAUAAUGGUUUAUGUUCUGCUGUUACACACCUACUGUACGUGUCUGAGAGGCACUGCGUUGUACAUAACGUAACUCAAGUUCGUUUAUUUUUUAAUUCUGUUCUUUGAUUUCCUAAUGCUGCCUGGUGUAAUAUUUCAGCACAGGAUGUGCCAGUGCUUUGUCUGUAGUGUCAUACCACUGUCUUAUUUGUUUGAUGCCAAAUGUGCUGUAACCUUCUCAACAUUAAGUGUAGACGUUGUAUUAACAUACAGUAAUUAGGGUGCACUGUGUAUACUUCAUGCAUUGAAAUAUAUCCUGGUUAAAAAAACACUACUGAGUGUGGAUUCCCGUUAUCCUUUGUUAAGCUAAGAUUUAGUGUUACCCACUGUAAGUGGAUUAUAGAGUCAUAGAGCACUACAGCAUAGAAACAGGCCCUUUUGGUCCAUCUAGUCUGUGCUGAACUAUUAUUCUGCCCACUCCCAUCAAUCUGCACCUGGAUCAUAACCUUCCAUACCCCAUGUACCAAACUUCUCGUGUUUUGAAAUCAAACCCUCAUCCGCUGGCAGCUCGUCCCACACUCUUACCACCCUCUGAGUCUAUGUUCUAAUGUGCCAGGGAUUUACAUAACACAAGAUCAGCAUGGUUUCUGUAAAGGGAAAUCUUCCCUGACAAAUCUGUUACAAUUCUUCUAGGAAGUAACAGGCAGGGCGGACAAAGGAGAGGCAGUGGAUGUCAUUUACUUGGAUUUUCAGAAAGCAUUUGAUAUGGUGCCACACAUGAGGCUGCUUAACAAGAUCAUAUCCUAUGGGUUUACAGGAAAGAUACUGGCAUGAUAGAGGAAUGGCUGACAGGCAGAAAGCAGCAAGUGGGAAUAAAAGGGGCCUUUUCUGGUUGGCUACCAGUGACUAGUGGUGUUCCUCAGGGGUCAGUAUUGGGACUGCUACUUUUCACAUUGUUUGUCAAUGAUUUGGAUAAUGGAUGUGAUGGCUUUGUGGCAAAGUUUGUGGAUGAUACGAAGAUAGGUGGAGGGGUAGGUAGUGCUGAGGAAGCAAUGCGAUUGCAGCAGGACUUAGACAAAUUGGAAGAAUGGGCAAAAAAUUGUCAGAUGGCAUACAGUGUUGGGAAAUGUAUGAUAAUGCUUUUUAGUAAAAGGAACAAUAUUGCAGACUAUUAUCUCAAAUGUGAGAAGGUUCAAACAUCAGAGGUGCAGAGGGACUUGUGAAUUCUCAUACAAGACUCCCAGAAGGUUGAGUCUGUGGUAAAGAAGGCAAAUGCAAUGUUGGCAUUUAUUUCACGGGGAAUAGAAUAUAAAAACAAGGAGAUAAUGCUGAGGCUUUAUAAGACAUGAGUCAGAUCACAUUUGGGAGUAUUGUCAAUAGUUUGGGCCCCAUAUCUCAGAAAGAAUGUAUUGUCAUUAGAGAGAGUCCAGAGGAAGUUCAUGAGGAUGAUUCCGGGAAUGAAGAGGUUAAGAUAUGCGGAGUGUUUGGCAGCUUUGGGCCUGUGCUCACUGAAAUUGAGAAGAAUGCGGGGAAUCUCAUUGAAACCUACUGAAUGUUGAAGGGACUAGCUAUGGUGAAUGUGGAGAGGGUGUUUCCGAUGGUGGGGGUGACUAGAACUGGAGGGCACAGCCUCAAAAUUGAGGGGCGAUCUUUUAGAACAGAGGUAAGGAGGAAUGAUUUUAGCCAGAGAGUAGUAAAUCAGUGGAAUGCUCUGCCACAGACUGGCGGAAGCUGACUAUGUCCGUGAGUAUAUUUCAGGCAGAAGCUGAUAGCUUCCUGAUCAGUCAGGGCAUCAAAGGAAAUGGCAAGAAGGCAGGUGUUGGGGUGGAGUGGGAUCUGGGAUCAGCCAUGGAAUGGCAGAGCAGGCUCAAUGGGCUGAAUGGCCUAAUUCUGCUCCUAUGUCUUAUGGUCUUCUAAAACAUUACAGCUCAGCCCUUCAGACCACGAUGUUGUGCCAAUUUUUUAACAUCAGUCUAACCCUUCCCUCUCACAUAGCCCCCAUUCUUCUGUCAUCCAUGUGCUUAUCUAAGAAUCUCUUAAAUGCCCCUAAUGUAUCUGCCACUACCACCACCCCUGGCAGUGCAUUCCACACACCCACCAUUCUCUAUGUUAAAAAAAACCUUGCCUCUCAGCCUGAAACAUUAACUGUUUGUUCCUCUCCAUAGUCAGUACCUGACCUGUGAGUUCCUCCAGCAUUUUGUGUGUGUUCCCCUGGAUUUCCAUAAGAUAUAGGAGCAGAAUUAUGCCACUAGGCCCAUUGUCUCUGCUCUGCCAUUACAUUAUGACUGAUCCAUUUUUCCUCUCAGCCCCUAUCUCCUGCCUUCUCGCCGUAUCCCUUCAUGCCCAGACCAAUCAAGAAUCCAGCAUCUGCAGAACCUCUUGUGUAUAUGAUUUACCUCUCACAUCCUCACUUUGUCUGGUCUCAAAGGCUGCCCUGCAACAAGUUAGGUCAGCUCUCCAUGUAGGGUAUGUUAUUUUUUAGUAGCAGUUAUUCAAGGAUUUCAGCUUGAAGACAGGAGGAAGGAGAGUCUUCUAAGCCUUUGGAAGUCCUACGCUUGCGGCAGCAGAGAGAGAGUGUGAACACAGCUGUGUGUCUUCUCUUUGCCAGCAGGUAAAAGGCUCAUCUGUGAUCGUGGAGGUCAUUGUCAACAUGUCACAGAGCAGGACACUUGUAUAGGUCCACAUGUUUAGGACAAAUGCUUAGCUUCCCAUUGACUCAGCAAUCAAUAAUUAGAUUUUAUAGAAUAAUGUCUUCAUUUAUAGUUUGUCUCAUGUCACACUUUGGUAUUGGAAUUGGUUUAUUAUUGUGAAAUAUACUGAGUUACAGUGGAAAGCUUGUCUUCUAUACUGUUAGAUGAAGUCAUUGAGGUAGAACAAGGUGAAACAAUAACAAUGCAGAAUAAAGUAACAGAUACAGAGAAGGUGUAGGUUUACAGACUGUAGGUAUACAGAGAGAGGGACUCUUGAUUAAUCAGGGCAUGAAGGAGUUUGGGCCUGAGAAGGAAUUGGAUCAGCCAUGAUGAAAUGGUGGAGCAGGUUCGAUGGGUCAAAUGGUCUAAUUCUGCUCCUAUAUCUUACUGUUGUUCCCUUCUGCACCUUGUGACGCAUCAGGUAGCAACCUUGUUGUAUGUAUCUUUAGCAUCUGUUUUUGUAUGAGGACGAGCUGCUAGCUUGACACUCAACCCAGCACAGAUGGAAAGCGUGCAAGGAGCUGAUACCUUCCUAUAUCUUAUAGUGACGUGCAGUGCAGGUAAACAGUAAGGGAAAGAUCAUGAUAAGAUAGAUUGUGAGGUCAAUAGUCUUAUCUGGACAUACUAGGGAACUAUUUAAUAGGCUCAUAACACUGGGGUAGAAGCCUGGUAGUACAUGCUUUCAGGUGUUUGUAUCUUCAGCCUGAUGGGAGAGGGGAAAUGAGAAUGCCUGGGGUAGGUGGGUCGGGUCCUUGAUUAUGCUGGCUGUUUUACUGGAAAUCUGUAUUUUUAAAAUAUUCACAUAGGAUAUUGGUUAUUAUUGUCACAUGUACUGAGAUACAGUGAAAAGCUUGUCUUGCAUCCUGUUCAUACAGAUCAGAUCAUUACACAGUGCACUGAGGCAGAGCACAGUAAAACAAUAACAAUGCAGAAUAAAGUCUAGCAGCUACACUGCAGGUAAGCAUUGAAGUGCAAGACCAUAAUGAGGUAGAUAUUUUGUAUUGUUCCAAGCAGAGACGUGUACAUAAACGUCCACGUCAUUAGCAUACAUUUUAAUAAAACCUUUCCAUCGUGAGCAAAGCUUACUUAGCAUCAGUAUCUACCCUUGUGCGGUGAUAGCUCUGCUUUCUGUUCUAGGAACAGGAGCCAUGUACUCGUCUGAGGGAAGUAAACACUGGCUCUCACAUACUUUUCUCUGAUUGUCUUACCUCUAUGUCUAUUUGUCAUGUGUACGUUAAACAUACAGUGAAAACUGUUGUUUGCAUCAAUGACCAGCAAACUCUGAGGGUGUAUUGGGGGCAGCCUACUUCUGCUGUCAGAAUAGCAUGUUCACAACUUACUAAUCCUAACUUAGAAUGUGACCUGGACAGUCUACAAACUUCUGACAGCAGUGAGAAUUGAACUCCAUACUUGAUAGGCUUAGUAAGUUGUGUGCAUGCUACCUUAACGCUGGAAGCAUGACGACACUUGUAGGUAACCCCCAGCACACCCUUGGACUGUGUUGGUCAUUGACACAAGUGACAUACUUCACUGUAUGUUGCGAUGUGACAAAUAAAGCUUUUUAAAAUUUGUUUAAAUAUGAAAGGAUUGAGUAAAUGUCUGUGUGAAUCUUCUCAAUGGUAGAAAGGACCUCCCCUCGUGCCCCAAGGCAUUUGAGAGGUCUCAGCCGGCAUUAGUAUUGCUGUUACCAAAAAAUUCAACCGGAGAUCAGAUAUGACGUUAUACUUGGAUCACAGCUCAUUGCCAUCAAACACAGCAUGUCAAAAAGAUGAAUUAUUUUGCUUGUCCUAACUACUUUGUUAAAUAAAGAUUUGCCACAUGUGAUGUGUGUUAAUUUAACUU